AUAAUAAGACACCAUAACCAUUACUUCUCUUCAUAAUCUCUAUCUUCUAUACACAUCUUUACAAUAAUUGUCUUUCUUUUAAUCACAAUAUGGCAAUGAAUGGUUUAGCUAAGAUGGCUGCAAUUGCUCUUCUCAUGGUCAUGGCCAUCGUCCCAGCCGCAGUCGCUGUGACUCACACGGUCGGAGGCGCUUCUCAAUGGGCCAGUGGUGUGGACUACACAGUUUGGGCUACCGGAAAAACUUUCAGAGUUGGUGACACUCUAAAGUUCACGUAUGGUCCUUCACACUCAGUGAACGAGGUGAACAAAGCCGGUUACGAUAGCUGUGGAGGCACACCGAUCGAUACCCAUUCUGGUGGAGACACAGAAAUCGAUCUCGAGACAGUAGGAAUAAAGUACUUCAUCUGCCCUACCUCUGGUCACUGUGAAGGUGGCAUGAAGCUAGCCGUUACUGUCGUAGCCGCUUCUACCGGACCUCCGGCCACUCCUUCUCCCCCAUCUUCAACUCCGGAAACUCCUACCAAACCGGGCUCACCGCCGGCUGACGGAACACCCCCAACCACACCCACACCUGAUUCAGGGUCAACUUCUCCUCCUCCACCAAAGCCAAGUGGUGCGUCUAAGGGAGUGAUGAGUUACGUUUUGGUCGGAGUCUCGAUGGUUUUGGGCUAUGGUUUGUGGAUGUAAUUGGUUUAGAGAGCCAGGGUGGAGUCAGUGCUUUUGCUUUUUAAUUAUUUGGGUUUUGGUUGUAACUUUUGUAUAAGAGAACUUGGGUUUGUUGUGUGCUACCACGUCGUCCGAAGCACUUCAUUAUUCGUAGGAUUUUAUUAUUCGGCAAUUUGAUUAUCGUUAUCAUGAUCAUCACAUUCACUUCUUCUCUUGUUGUAAAAUAAAAUAUAUUAUUAAUUUUCAUCUUCUCCAUAUAUUUAAUCAUUA